AUGAAGCUAAGUCAUUCUGGAAUCAUUUUUUUUUUUUUUUUAUCUUGUUUUUGUCUUUCUGAUAAUAUUAAUGAGAAAAAAGAAAAACAACAUUUAAGAAAUACAUCGAAUAUUGUUACUAUUGAAGUUCUUCCUUCAGAUGAAGAUGAAAAUUUUGAGUUAUAUGAUUAUUUGCUAAAUGAAAUUAUAAGCAUUAAUAACAUUGAUAUAUAA